GUGACGACUCGUAGCCGCCCCCGCCUGUCCGCUCGCGCUAGUGUGAGGAACAGCUGUGUGAUCCGUGCGCGCGCGGCAUGUGUACGAGCCUCGGAUCAUUUGUUUGAAUGUGAUGCCAUGUUAACAGUGUGGUGACGGGGUGGGCUGUUGUAUUGUGUUUGAUAACACAGCAGCGCGUGCUGUGUAACUCCUGCAGAGACAUGGAUCACUCAUUUUCUUAGUCGGUGUGAUUAGUGUGUGUAGAAACUUGUUCUCUUUAUCUACAACUUCUCAUCAUGUAAGAGACAUUAAGUUGGAACUAUUCGUGUUUAGUGUGCAUUGGAUUUCACGAGUCCAUGCACAACAUAAUGUGCACGUUGCUCGUCAAGUGCAUCUUUCAUGGACUGAAACUGAAGAUUCUAUUAUGCUUGGGAUCUAUCCUAACAAACAGAACUCUUCCCAUGGGAUACCUGAGAUGAAGUAGUGUUGGACUGGCCAAGAAUUGUGUCUAUAAUGUCCUGUUGGCUGAUCCAGCCCGUCUCACUAGAGCAUCACUUAGAAGGAUCUAUCGAGGAUGAGGAGGAGGAUUACAGUGAUGAGGAUGCACUGAGUGGCACUCCCUCUGAAUGCAGUAAAGAGUAUGAGGAUGAUGACGACUUUGACAACAAGAGUCUAGAAAUCGACGAGGAAGAAAGGCACAAGAUUAGCGCUCAGAUCAACGCUGACGACACAGACGAGGAAGCAGACCAAAGGAAGAUUGAGCAGGACGACGAGGAGAAGGUUAAAGAAGAGAUCCCUGAGAAGGAGGACACUGGUCAAGAGAAAGAUCUUUGCUUCAAAGAUGAGCCAGCUUUUGCUUCUCACACAAGUUUAUGUAAUGACAGUUUUGAUGAUGAAUUCUACCAAGGGCAAGCUACUGCUAGUGGAUUGGAAGAAGGGGAAACUAGUAUGACAGAGAGUGCAGAAACUGUGGAUAUUUAUGAACGAGUACAAAAGUUGGAUUCUGAAAGGCAGCAGCUCAUGCAAGAUUUUGAAAGAGAUGAAAACCAAAGGAAAAGGUUUUACAACCAACUUAAAUCUAUCACACAACAAAUGGAGAGUCUUCAGCAUUCUGAACAUUUCUCAGAGCAUGCGAGAAGACAGAUGGAUGUAGAAGCUCACAAGGUGCAAGGAGCCAUGCAGGAGAAGUUGGGAACUGGAGAGCAGAGUAAACUGAGACAAGAGGCCAGGCUGGAAAGGAUAAAGAAUAUAGAGAGUGAGAUGGGCACACUGAUGGCAGCACACAAGAAACUUACAUACAGAAAUAUUGCUACUGCCACCCAUUUGAGUUCAGAGAUGUUUAAAUUGAAACCUGAUCAAGAAGAUGGAGUUGGUGGCUAUGUCUGCGACAGAAUCUUCAUUCCUGGAAGUCAUUGUGUUUCACUGGCCACACAGACUGGGGAGGUAGCUUAUACAGACAUUCCUGAUGGUCUAGCUCCUGGAAUGCCUAUUAACCCAAACCUUUCAGUCAUGUAUCAUGGAGCCUGGCCUAUAGAAAAAGUGAUGUCCAACAGUGGUGCUUCACUGCCUGCAUCCCAGGAUUUGGCCAGUGUUAUUAGCUUCAACUCCACCAACACAAACAGUGGUGGUAGCAGCAGCAGUGGGGGAGCAGCCAGUGGGUCUACAAGUGACCAACCACAACAACUUGGAUCAAAAGUAGAGAUGGUGUACUCACUUCUCAGUAUGCUUGGUACUCAUGACAAGGAUGACAUGUCCAGGACUCUGUUUGCCAUGUCCCAGUCCCAAGACAGCUGUAUUGCCAUGAGACAAUCAGGCUGCUUGCCUUUGUUGCUACAACUACUGCAUGGAAGUGACAAGGAUUCAGGUUUGCUGGGUAAAACAAGGGGCAGUAGGUCUGCCAGGGCCAGAGCAGCAGCAGCUCUCCACAACAUAGUACACUGUCACCAUGAUGACAAGAGAGGAAGACAUGAGGCUAGAACACUUCGACUUUUGGAACAGAUCAGAGCUCACUGUGACCAACAGAGAGGAGACAGUGAGGAAGAAGAAGAUGAAUCUGUUAAUAGUUGUUCUGAUAUGGAUCACCAUCCAGGAUCUGCGAUAGCUGCACUGAUGAAACUGUCAUUUGAUGAAGAUUACAGGCACGCCAUAUGUACUUUAGGUGGAUUACAAGCAAUAGCUGAACUGUUGGAGAUUGAAAACAGAGUUGCUGGACCUGCUCAUGACUAUGACACCACAGUACGCCGGUAUGCUUGUAUGACACUAACCAACUUGACAUUUGGCGAUGGCAAAAACAAAGCUUUGUUAUGCUCCAUGAAAGGAGCCAUGGAGGCUCUAGUGGACCAGCUGAGGUCUCCUAAUGAGGAUCUGAUCCAAGCAGCUGCAAGUGUGCUCAGGAAUCUCAGUUGGAGAGCAGAUCUUGCUAGCAAGAAAACAUUGAGAGAGAUUGGUGCUGUGACUACAUUAAUGAAAUCUGCCAUGAUUGUAAAGAAAGAAACAACUUUAAAAAGUAUUCUGUCAGCUCUUUGGAACUUAUCAUCUCAUUGUUCUGAGAACAAGGCUGAAAUCUGUGCUGUUGAUGGAGCUCUUCAGUUUCUUGUUGGUCUUCUAACUUACAAGAGCGCUGCAAAAACUCUAGCCAUUGUAGAAAAUGGAGGGGGUAUUCUCCGGAAUGUUUCUAGUCAAAUAGCCAUAAGAGAAGAUUACCGUCUAAUUCUCCGCCAGAGUGGGUGUCUUCAAAUCCUUCUCCACCACCUUCGCUCCACCAGCCUAACUAUUGUCAGCAAUGCAUGUGGGACACUGUGGAAUUUAUCUGCAAGAUGUGAAGAAGAUCAAAAUACUCUGAGAGAAAUGGGAGCAGUCAGUAUGUUAAAAAAUUUAGUUCAUUCAAGGCAUAAAAUGAUAUCAAGUGGAAGUUCUGCUGCACUUAGGAAUUUAGUCUCAUCUAUUCCUUCUGGAAAUCCUGUAGAGAAUGAAAAAACUGUUAAAGCAACUCGACCUAGUCUUCAUGCUCGUAAGCAGCGAGCUAUGGAAGCAGAACUAGACCAAAGCUUGUCUGAAACCUGUGAAAAUGUUGAUAGUCCUCGAGAUUCCCCUACUGAUGUAGUCCACAGAUCUGAAAGUGAACCUCGCAGGUUUGUCUACAACCAUAAUCAAGCUUCAGGAGCUUCAGCUGAACAGAGACAAGCUGAUGAUAGCAGAAAGCAUCUAACUCGACGUCAGCAGAUGCCUAAAAAUAGUGCAGACACUGCCAAUCGAAUGCUCUCACCACAGCGCGUGGCUCGUGCUGGUAGCCAAGAUAGCGUAGGCAGCACUCACUCUGACAUAUCUCAUGACCGUACAAGGGCACGCUCUAUGUUGGCCAAAUCUUCACACCUACUACACAAACGUCAGGGUGGAAGCCUUGAGAGAAAAGAAGCCUCAUCAGCACCUCAUGUACAGCAUACUGACAUGUCCAUAUCUGAGCACAAACAGGCUAACUAUGCAAUGCCUGGUAUGACACUAGUCAACAACACACCUGCGCAUGUCCGACGUCCUGCUGGCAGUUACUAUCCUCAAGGUCACAACCAGCCUUGGCAGAAUGCCCCUAACAGUCGCAUAGUCCAGUACAUGCAUGAGGUAGCUCUAUAUAAUGGUGUGGAGCCAUCACUAAGUAUGCAUGGGCAGCUGUCACUCACACAAUCUGCCCCAAACCAGUCAAUGCAUUAUUUUAAUCAACAGUCUUUAUUUGAACGUUUGGCUAAAUCUUCUUCUGGAAUCAACAGCACUAGCCUAAACUUUGAUAGCUGUACUGCACACCCUCAAGAUGAGGAUACUGAUCAGCCAGUCAAUUAUAGUUUGAAAUAUCAAGAUUGUCAUGGCAAUAAUAAGUUAGCAUCCAACAGAAACAUUAAUUCAUCAUAUAAUCAUACAAAUAACUCCUCAAACUUUAGACCUAUUACUGGCAUGGAGCACAACUAUAAAAACAACAGCAAUCAAGAGAAAAAGUCUGUAGUCAACAAUGUUAUACAAAACCCAGCAAUUCUUACACCAACUCGCCCAGUGCCAAAUUUAGUUCACAACAGAUUUCAUACUCCACAGAUGCACCGGUCAGUUGGUAAUGAUUUAGGGUAUCAUCCAGCGCAGUUCAUGACUCCUCAGGGAAAGUCUUAUUCAUCUUCUCAUGAGUUUGAUUAUCAUUAUCCACCUAGUCACAUGUUGCCAUCCCAAGGUUCAAAUCUUUCACUUACAAAUGGCUCUAGCCAUCCAGGCUUUACUUCUACUCCAGGAAAGAGGUUUAACAAUUCUUCCACACAGUUCCGCACCAUGCCUGCUGCCCAUCAAAACAAAACACACCAUCUUCCAAUGCAGCAAUUGAGUGUGUAUGCAGAAACAGACUUAGAUUGUGUAGUAGAUCAACCCACAGACUUUAGCCUCCGUUACAAUGAGGUGUCUGAAGAGAGUUGUAGUGACAGUUUCCAGGAGCAGCCAAUUAACUAUUCCAUCAGAUACAGAGAUAAUGCAACAGCUGAAGGCCCAGAUAUUCCUGUGUAUCAAGAUGAGCGCCACUGUGUAGAAUGUAAGUAUGCUGAAGCCAUGAGAGCUGACUACAGAAUGGAUAACAGCUCUAAUGAUGACCAGGUGAGAACAUUCUGUACAGAAGGCACUCCUUACCUAUCUACAGCAACAUCCCUCACGGACCUGACUCAAGCUGGGAAAGCUGAUGGGGAAAGAGAUGAAGAAGAUGAAGAUAUGAACAUGAGUGGCCAAGAUAAUUAUGAUGAUGGUGCUGCCUCAAAGAAUGCUACACUUAUUGACCCAGAUAGAACUUUGACAGAGUCUGACCGGAGUAUGACUAAAGUAAAAUGUGAAGCUGACCAUGCUGCGGGUAGUUCCGGUAGUCAGACAACGGAUAGACGAACAGGUUCUACUGUAGUAUGUGGGAGCAGUGGACGCAAUAGUGCGCCCAUGUCUUCCAAAGCAAGUUCUCAGAUGUCGGACAUACAAACAGACCAACCUAAUUUUCAUGCUGAUACUAAUGAAGGUGCUUUGGAUCAGACAAAGACAUACUGUGAGGAAGGGACACCAGUCUGUUUUUCAAGAGUUUCUUCCCUUAGUAGUUUACAUAGCAGUGAGGCCAGAGAUGGAGAUGGACCUUUUAGACUUGUUGGAAACAUGACUGAAAAGAUUGAGCUUGCUAACAUAGAAGAGAUAGAAACUCCAGAGGCCAGGGUCAUUGAAAACAAACAAGCAGCUGCUGCUUCAGGCAAGCCUGGAUCAAAACUAAGACGAACUUCUUCCGACCAGGUUACCCGUACUGAUAGAGAGGCAAAAACAGUGACUUUUGAUGAAAAUCAUCAGGUUGAGGAAACUCCAUUAAUGUUCAGUCGAAGUAGCUCUCCAGAAUCUUUGAGCAGUUUUGACACUCAGUCAGUACACAGCUCAGUCAUUAGUGAAUACAGUCGCAGGGCUAGUGAGGUUGUCUCUCCCAGUGACAUCCCAGACUCACCUUCAGAGUCAAUGCCUUCCAGUCCCAGGAGGACACACUCACCAACCCGAAGGUUUAAAGAUUUUGGAUUGGGACCCAAGUCUCUGGCAGCAGCCAAGCAAAUAUUGGAUUUUAGUAAACCAGUAAAUCUGUUCAAACCUGAACCCUAUUUGAAUUUUACCAGCUUUGAUGAAGAAGAUAAACCCAUAAACUUUGCAAUCAGAAAUGCUGAGAAAAACUUGCCUUUAUUGAAUACAUUUGCUGAUUUUGAGGAAGAUCAACCUGUCAAUUUUUCUGCAUAUUCCCAGGAAACCCCACCCAUUACAUUUAGUACUUUUCAGAAAAAUAUUGCACCUCCAAGUGUAUUUCCAAAUAAUGUUACAAAUAGAGCCAAGACAUUGCCAACUCUAGUAGAGCAUGCCAAUGAAUCUGAGGUAGCAGUGAGCGGGAAACUUGAAAUACCUGCUUCUUAUCUUGGAUUAAACCCAGCCCCCAAAAUGUUUGAAAUUCCAGCAAAAGAACAGUCAAUAGCAACAAAAACUCAAGCAUCAACACAGGCCCAAGAACCUAACUUAACUAAGGUCCAGGAAACAGAAAGUGGUGCAGAGAUAGUGACUAAAAUGGCCUCAGCUCCCAAAACAGCCACUGUAGCUGUCAAUAAGCCCUGGUCUCCAGCCACAGAGCAACUGAAGCAGGAAGACAGAGAUUCUUCCAUGUCUGAAGUCUCUGAAGGGGAGGAGGACAUUUUAGCACAGUGCAUUAGUUCUGGAAUGCCAACACCGUCUGCCUCAUCAUCUGCUAGAAAGAUGAGACGAGCAACUGUAGAAAACAAUGUAAGAAAAAAAUCAGCCAUUCCAACCAAGGCUUCAGCUAUACCAAAGCUGUCAACUCCUUCAGCUGAACAUUCUAAGGUCAUCACACCAACCCAGCAAAGCUCUACCCCUACUAGCAGCAAACUAUUAAGGUCUGGAGUCAAUCCAAAGAAUGCUAAAAUUCCUUUAAAAUCUGAGCCUGCCAAAACUCCAAUUAAAACUCCAACUUUCAAACUUUCAACAGAUGCUGCGACUUCUGCCAUAGCUUCAGGAUCCUCAACUGCUAACUUCAUGGUGCCAUCCACAGCUCACACAGCUGCCAGUGUCAAAUCUUCUGUUAGUAAAAACUUAACUCCUGCACUCAACAGAGCAGCUCAACUGAUGUCUCCAAAGAAAGCUGCUACCAAGAAUGUGUGUGACUCUUUCUUACCACACACUCAGAACUUGAACCAGUAUGUGGAUACCCAUGAAGACUGCAUCAGGUCUUAUGCUACAGAGGGGACUCCCUUAAACUUUUCAGCUGCCACUUCCUUAAGUGAUUUAAGUGUGUUAACUCAGAGCUCCAGUCCAUCACCCAAAAAAUCAUCAUCUUCCUCCAACAAAUCUGUCCCUGAUGAUGCCAAGAGUGACAACAGCUCAGUCUGUGAGGAGAGUGAUGAGCUCCUUUUGUCUCAAGCCAUUGAAUCUGCCCGGCCCAAAAGUAAAUCUGGAAGAAAGUCUGGGGAAGAAGGGACUAAUGAAGGCAGGAAAUAUCAUUCUAGUGAAGUAAGUGAUAUAGCCAGAGACUCUAAAAUGUCUGCAUUUGUUCCUCGUACUUCCAAUGUUGGUGUGGUUGGAUUGUUCCAUGAUUUUAUCCCAACUGAUACUGUUAAAGUAUUUCAUCAUGAGGGAUCUUCAAAAAAUUCAACCCUAACACUAAGUGAUAUAACAAUAGAUUCGGUGGAAGGCUCUGCCAGUGUCUCGAGCAAAAGUAAAUAUGUAAAGCAAACAGCAACUCAGAAGUAUACUCCACAGCUAACAUCUGUUUCACAAAAUGGGACCAAGUAUUCAGCCAAACCAAAUGUACAAGGCUAUCCUAAUUACAAUAUGGCUUUUUCUCCUACUUCUAGUGAUGUUCUUCAUGUGUACCAGGAUGAGGGUACACCUGUCACAUUUUCCAGGAAUGACUCAUUGAGUUCACUAGGUGGUGAGGAUGAUGGCAGAGGAACUGCUAGUGGUCUCAGUGCCAGCCCACACAAAGACAGAAACCGCUCAAAUGAGAGAGAUGAAAGUGACAGCUCAUCUUCCAUACCCAAGGAGCGUCAUGUCAUUGGACAGUCCAGUGAAGACAGUAGUGUGGCUGGGGAUAAAGUCGACCGACCAAUCAAAUUUGUUGUUGAGGAUACACCAGUUUGUUUUUCAAGGAACUCAUCCCUGAGUUCCAUCACAAGUUUAGAUAAGCCAGAACAGCCCUAUGUGCCAGCAACAAAUCAAAAUAGUUCUACUGGAAUUAAAAUGAAGUUAGAAAUGAAGCAGAAUGAAUUUAAUGAUUCCUUAAACGAUGAGUUAGCAGACUGUGAUCCGACUCCAUCUGAACAGGCCCUGUUAGAACAGUGUAUCAACUCAGUGAUGCCUAAGUCUAGGCAUUCUAGAGGAGAGGACAAAACUAAAAGACACUCUAGGGGCAAGUUCUUUGUCCCUAAAGCUGGGGGCAACAUUGUGAUGAAUGGUGGACUCACAAAGAGUGCCUCACUUGAGAUGACCACAGGACUGUCCAAUGGCUACCACAGUGGCAGUGACAAUGGUUCUCAGGGAUCUCUGUCUCAUGACCAGAGUAGUUAUGAGAACUUGAUGACAAGGUCUUGUUCAGACACCACAGAGCUGGACCUUGACCUUCAGGCUACACCAUCAUCUCGACAGUCUCGCUACUGCAACUGGCGCAGGCAGCGUCACCAUUCACAGGGUGAAAACACUAAUGUUAGGAGCCACUUUAGAUCCCAUUCUCAGGACAAUGAUAAUUAUCUAAAAGCUCAGAAAGAGAUUAGUAACAAACUAGCCAAAGCCAAUUGUCAUACAGCUCAGCAUAUGUAUCAAGGCUCUCUGGAAUCUUUUCAGUAUGUUCUUCAUGACAGACAGUUAGGCAGCCAGACUAAUCCAAUGAAGACUAGUAAAGAAAUAAGUGACUUUGCUGCUAAAGUUCGUGAGAUCUCCAAUGACAACAUGGGAGGCCUCUUAGCACUGCGUGAUGAUGUGGACAUUGAUACAGCUGUGUUUAAUGAUCACAGUGUUGUUGAACUGACUGCUGAUGAGGAGUCUGUGAACCAGACAUUAAAGGUAGAUUAUGAUGACAGUGAGGCUGGCAAUGUCACAAUUAAAGCAGAAAACACUAGUGAACUAAAUAGUGAUGUGCAUUUUUUUAUUGAUGAGGAUGAAGACCCUGACUAUGAUGAAGUGUAUGAUGGGAACAUUUCAUUAGAAGAGGAAGAAAGGCUAUUGGCAGAAAAUGUUCACCUGAUAAUGUCUGAGAUUCAGACUACAAAAAUGAGUGGAAGCACAGUGGAUGAAGAUCUGUUUAUUGAGAAUGAAACUAUAUCCCUGGUAUCUAAUGACUAUGCCUCAGACACAAACUCUGAGAUCUCCACCACUUGGUCAGACAAAAAUUCUGACUUUUCCUCUGCCACACUAGCUGAGAACAAAAGCCAUGGGUCAUCAAAAAGUGGCCCAAAGAUAGUUAAGCCAGGAAUGAACUUGGCUCAUGUCCAGAGGUUGCCACAAGAAGACUGUGCAGAGGAUGCUAAAGGAAUACGAGGAAGAAGGAAGCCCCUGUACCCAGGUAAAUCAAACAAUGCCAAAGUAAAACCUGGCUCUGUUUCACAAAACACUAAAAUUGUUCUGCCACAGAAAAGCGCCAGUGUUCAAGCCAAUAAAAAGACACCACCUAAGCAACCAGUGGUUGCUCAGGUGUCUCCAAGAACUAGGCAGCCAGGGCAGAAUUCUCAGAUUAACAAUAGUAACCCCAAAAAGGAACUGCAGAAGAAAACCAGUCCAAGGUCAAGGUCUGCUGGUCCUGCCCCUGGAAAGGUCACCAUAAAUGGUAAACAAUCUAACCCAAGGGCAGCUCAAGGCAACUCUCCAGCUGGUCGUUCCAGCAUGACUAAACCAGUUGUAACUAAGAGCUCCAGUUCCCCUCCAUCAAGCACAGCUACAAAAAAUACCAAUGUUGUGAAGCCCACAACGCCUCCUACCAAGCUGCUUGUGAACACUGGAGGUGGCUCUUUUUCUAACACUGUCAAUCAGACACUGAGCUCCGAAAAUAAAGAAAAUAAACAGAGAACAGAGUCCUUGAAUAUUACAUCAGGUGACUCAGGAAAUAGACUGUCCAACGGCCUGACUAGUGAUUCUUGGAACAAAACAUUCAACUCUUCUGACUAUAUAGAAGAAAAUGCGCAAGAUAAACCGGUUCAGAUGAAUUGUAAAGAAGCUCCUGCUGUAAAAUGUGCCUUAAAAACACCCAACAAAUCCCCAAGUUCUAUACCAACUAUUGCCAAAGCAUCUGUCAGCUGUAAUAAUGGUCUGAACCAAUCCAAAUUACCUACUUUAAGCCAAGGAAAUAAAGCAUUGGCUAAUGUGUCCCCAAACCAAACAAAUAAAAUAGCAGCAACCAGUGCUUCAAGAUCAGUCAGUGGGAAUUCUCUAAGCCAAACUGCUAGUGAAAAGAAAUCAGCAAUUACCAAAAAUAGUAGUAGCCCUGCCAAUGUUGGCACUGUUAAAGGGUUUGCUAGAAGUUUGAGCAAUGAUACGAAAGCCACCAUUGUUAAUAGAUCCAGUGAUAGUUUGAAAGCACCUAAUCGACCUUUGACCCCAGUUAGUUCUGGUAACAGUCGCAGAUCUUCCCAUUCAUCUACAUCUGGUAUUCCUACAAAAGCUUUAGAUGGAUCAAACUCAUCACUUAAUACAGAAUGCAAUAAACGAACACCGCCUGGUGUUUCCAACAAGAAACAAGUGCCUAGCAAGAUAGCAACAUUGUGGAAAAGAGACGGCAGCCUUGAAAGAUCACCUUCAAGAGAAAGCCCUUCAUCUUCUGCAUCAUCUUUGUCCAAACUUCCAGUGUCUACAUCUCCUAGUAGCACCAAACCUAGCAGUCUUCCACCCUCUGGGUUUAAGGCAAAGGCAGCAACUCUACCAGCAUCCUCCAGCCUUACAGUAUCCAAGUCUUCUUCUGAUGGCCUCUGUAAAAGUGCAACUUAUGAAAAGAUUGCUUCUGAUGUGAAGGUAGCUAAAAGUAGUAAGCUGAGUCCUAAACCAAGCCAGCCCAGUGUCAAGAAAGCUGCUGAUGUCUCCAAGUUGACCAAACAGAAACAAACAAGCUAUGAAUCUCCAGAGAGUGGUGUGAGGAGGGGGGAAGUGUUUGAGCUGUAUGAUGACCAUGAGGAUGACCAAAACCUGUAUGACACAAAUGACAGUCUAGAGAGCAAUGUCUUUGAUGACUCCAUGCUUAAUCAUCAAACAACCAAUGACCACUCAGAGUCAGCUGACUCUCUUGAUCAAAGUUGUGACUCUAGCACUCAUAUAGACUCCAGCACAUUCAGAAAGAAAAGGAGAGACCCAAGUAUCUCUAACUUGGAGUUACCCAAUGCUGACGAGACUUGCAAGUCAAUGUGUUCUUUUAAUGAUUCCAUAGGAUUUAACCAGAGCCUUGGGUUCAAACAGAAAACUUCAGUGACUGACAGCAGUUUCAUCAGUGACAUGAGUAUGAGUGACACAACAACAUCCAAAAAUGACAAGAAAAACAAACAGGAGGAGAAAGGAAAAACUAAGUCCAAAGUAGCUCAAGGACUCAAACGACUUUUCAGUUCCAGCAGACACAAGGAUAAGGAAUCCAAGAAGAACAAUGAACUUCCUAAGUCUAAAUCUGCUGAUAAAGAACUAAGCAAGGGUAAAAAAUGUAGCCACAAAGAAAAGAAAAAUCACAAAGAUAAAAAGGACUAUGAUUUUUUUAGUGCUAACAUUAAGAUUGAACCCUCAACAAUGUGUGAUAUGGAUGAUAAAUUGAUCUGUCACCAAGGGACAUCAACUUCCAUUACACCAAAACCAGGACAAUUACGUACUGAACACAAAGUAAGCCCAUCUGCCAUUGUGGCCCCUUUUAAUUAUAAUCCUCCAUCCACUUUGCCAAAUGGUAAUGCCAGUGGCUUGGUAGCAGAGAUUCUCUCCUCCAUGCCAGUGUCAACCAGCCAGCAGUGUUCUGAUGACCACCUGGGUGAGAACAGGGACAGUGAUAGUCUGUCCUCUAAUCCUGGAAAACACUUGACAAAAACAGAAAUGUUGUUGGCAAGAAGACGACAGAGAAAUCUUUCAACAGGUAAAGAUGACAGCAAGAGUGAUGCAGAACUAUUGGCAGCUUGUAUGGUGACUACAGUCUAGACCUGUCAUAUGCACAUUGAAUCCACUAAGAAUAGAAUGAAUCUAUUAACAUGAAAACAUUUAUCUUUGUAGUGGUAUUUCAUUUGUGGAUAGCUGGCAUUAGGUCACAAUCUAUUUAUUGAAUGACAUUUCUUCAUAUAAGCUCAUCAGUUCACAUAGAGUAACACAAAUCUUUUUUUUUUAUUUGUAAAUUUUUAUCUCCUGUUUGGAUUUAGAUUUGUCUCAAUGUUUGAUUUUGUUAUGAACAAAAAUGUCAAGCCAAAAAAAAAAUGUUGGACCUAGAAAUAGUUGGCACACUGGUCAAAUUCUUUUUGAAAGGAAAGAAUUCUCACUUUCUUUCGACUCCAUAAUGUGGGGAGUAGAAAAACAUAGAUUUUUCUGUUUGUAUUUAUAUUGCCAUUAGUUUUAAACUGGUGGGAUUUAAGUGGUGUUUCUACUCCCUACAGGCCAGUGUUUGCACUAUUUCAAAGUUCAGCAUAAGUUAUACUUUUUUUUUGGUUACUGUUGACUGGGAAGUGACCCAACUAGAAAGAUAUGCAUGUUGCAGCUGAACAUUUUAUUUUGUAUCAUAAGCUGUAUUUCAAAAUUGACUUUGUAUGUUGUUGACUAGGUCAUUUUUGUAAACUGGUCAUCCUGUGUACUUGUCCAUUCAUACAAAGGUAGCUAGUCUAAUAUUAGCCAUAGCAUUUAGUGCCUGCUGUGUGGUGCUGCUGCUGUAUUAACACCCUUGUCUACUCUACACCUCCCCUCCCCCAUUUGACUGACUCAGUUCUGAGUUAAUGACAAACUUUUGUAAGUGUGCUAAACUUUCCAUUGCCAUCCUCCUAAUAACAUCUUCGCCACCCUAAGGGUUAGAUCAUUUCAUAUGUGAGUAUUGAAUAGUGUACUAUGUAUAUAUGUCUUGAAUAUCCCUUAUGUCCUGUGACCAAUCUGUUGGAGUCAUGAUCAGUUUCAUAGAUCCCACAACUGAGGUUAGCAUCACUCACCAUCUAUGCAUUUAUUGAAAACAACUGUUGAUUUGAUAGGCUGACUGUGCAUGUGGCAUUGGUAUGCAAUGUGACACAUCUAUGUAAAUGUCAGUUUCUCUUAGUUUUUAGGUUUUUGUGAAGUGUUUGCUUUUAUUUGUUCAUAUUUUCACAAAGUUAUUGACACAUCUAUGCUGAUGUCAUGAGUCUAGCAAUGAGUUUAUGUUUUGUGUACAGUAUUUUACCUAUUGCAAUAUUUUGCUUUCUAAGGCACUGCUGUACAAACUUCAUUAUGUAUUUUUGGUUGUAACUUACACAUUGUCUCCCUUUGAAACAAUUUUGUUAGCUAUUGUCAUUAAUGGGUAGGUUGUGUUUUUAUUUUGUACUGAAGUUCUGCAGACAUAGAUAAAUAGGCCAGGCCUAUAUUCUUUUGAGAGUUCUGUCUACACAUUUAAUUCAUUUUUUAAUAUUUCUUUUUCAUUUAUUUUUUAUUGCAAGCAUAUGUUAAAAAGCACAAAAAGUGAAAAUAAUUUCCAUUAUUCCUAGAAUCCAAACCUAGAGCUUAUUGUGUGCCAACAAUGAUUUGUGUAGUCCACAGAGUUCUAUUCUGAAUUUCAUCAUUUGAAAGCAAUGGAUCAAAUCAUUAAGAUAUGGAUCAAAUCUUUUAUUUUCUUGUUUCUUAACACAAUUUACACAAACAAAAACUUUAUCUUUUUGAUUAUUUUUUAUUUUAAAAUAUACACAAAAUGUAAAUAAUUUUUAAAAAAUAAAUUGUCAAAAUGUCCAAUUUGAUUUGAAUAUAUUUAUUCUAAUAUAUUAAAUAUAUAUACAAAUAUUGUUUUUAUAGAAAAGAUGAAAGCUAUUUAUGAAUUUGUUAUUUGGCUUUUGAUGCACAUUUAAUGGUUAGGGAUCUGAUUUGAUAAAUGCUAGCAGUCUAUAAUAAUGUGUCCUAUGUUUUUUUUUAAAUCUAGGUUGUGCUAUUUAUCUCCCGGUAUUUUUGUUCUUGUGUGCUUGAAGUUCAAUAGAGUUGAUUUUGUAUGGGCCUAGGUGAGAGUUACCCAUUUUUAUGUCAUAGAACGACAUGUCCUAAUCACCCAAAAGUCAGUGACAAGUUCCAUUUCCAUGCCUAGGAUAAUGUUUCCUUUUUAUAAAGUCAGUGACAAGUUCCAUUUCCUAAGUGUCAAAAUGAUUGCAAGGUUCAAGUUAGGUAUUGAUAAUGUUGAAUAAAUACUUAAAAAGAGAAUCACUCUCAACCUUAGCUUUAUGUACAUACAUGUGUACUCAAGGAAUAAGUUGAUUAUUUUGUGCCGAACUUAGUUACCUAACACCAUCAUGUUCAACUAGUUAUCUUUGGAUCUUGUAGGAAAAUACAUCAACUUUGUAUGCUUGCUUCUAUGCCUGUACUAUGACGCUAGUCUUUUUGUAUUGAACUUGUGUCUAGUAGACCUGCUUUCCUUGUGUACUUUGGGUUUGUACCUCUAGUUUUGGUUUAAAAGUGCAAUAACAAUUUCUACUUAAUGGAAUCUACUCUUCAACAACCAGCCCUGACAUUGCUUCGCAUUAAUCCUGCAGCCCUAAUGUUUGUAGCUAAGAGUUAUGUCUCUUUGUACAAAUCAUUUGUGUACGUUGUUUUCUAUGUUUGUUUGUACUGUACAGAUUGUCUCAUGAAAUAAAACACUUUAUUAACAAA